UACGAAAUGACUAGUAACCGUCUAGACAGUUCGGCAAACGCACCAAACAGGGAUAGAAAUCAGACCAACAAGCCUACUCCGAUUACCCACUACUUGUGGAGGAGCCUUGCUGUAACUAGUACAUAUGGUCCUACUGAAUUUAGGUUUACCUCACUUUGAUAAAGGGAGACUACUUCUAGUGACAAGUUGGAAAAUGGCUUCAAGAGGAGUAAGCAGCCUGAUACACGACAAGGCGUAUGUUGAUGGGCAGUGGGUGUCGGCCAUAUCAGGCAAGACAUUCGAAGUGUUAAACCCAUCAACUGGAAGUGUUGUAGGUGUUGUUCCUGAUAUGAAUGCUGAUGAUGCUGACGUGGCUGUGAAGAAGGCGUACCAGGCUUUUCAGUCGUGGAAAGAAACCACAGCAAAGGAGCGGAGUGAUAUUCUACGACGCUUUUACGAUCUUUCUUGUCAACAUAAAGAUGAACUCGCCAAGCUGAUCACAGAAGAAAAUGGAAAACCACUAUCUGCUGCUAAAGGUGAGGUGGCUUAUGGGAAUGGUUUCAUCGAGUGGAAUGCCGAAGAGGCAAAACGAGUGUACGGAGACAUAAUACCAUCAUCUGUGUCAUCAAACAGAAUCCUGCUCCUAAAGCAGCCAGUCGGCGUGUGUGGAAUGAUCACACCUUGGAACUUCCCCCAUGCAAUGAUUACAAGAAAGGCUUGUGCCGCGUUGGCGGCUGGAUGUACUGUUGUUCUGAAGCCGGCAGAAGACACACCAUUGUCAGCCCUGGCGCUGUGUGAGCUUGCCGAGAAGGCUGGCUGCCCUAAAGGGGUGAUUAACGUGGUGACAAGCUGCCGGGAAAACGCUGCACAGAUUGGAAAAGUUCUCUGUGAACAUCCAUUGGUCAAGAAGAUAUCUUUUACAGGAUCAACUUAUGUGGGCAAAAUCCUACUGCAGCAGAGUGCCAGCACGGUUAAGAAAGUGUCGCUGGAGUUGGGUGGUAACGCUCCGUUCAUUGUGUUUGACAGCGCUGACGUUGAUGCCGCAGUCACUGGGACGAUGCUGUGCAAAUUCAGAUGUUCUGGACAGACGUGUGUAUGUGCCAACAGAAUUAUGGUUCAGGAAGGAGUCUAUGAUGAGUAUGUGAAGAGGCUUGCUGACAGAAUGAAGCAGGAGCUCGUUGUAGGGGACGGAUUUACAGACGGAAUAAAUCAGGGUCCACUUAUUAAUGAAAGGGCUGUGCAAAAGGUUGAGCGUCUUGUAAAAGAUGCCACAUCGAAAGGUGCUCAGAUUGUACUUGGAGGAAAACGGCAUGACAAGGGAGGUAAUUUCUAUGAGUCCACGCUUUUGAAAAACAUCUCUACAGAAAUGACAUGCACCCAAGAAGAAAUAUUUGGACCUGUGGCCAGUGUAAUGAAAUUCAAGACUGAGGAGGAGGCCAUCGAAAUAGCAAAUGCUACUAGUGUUGGACUUGCAGCAUAUUUUUAUUCACAAGACCUGACUCAGGUGUUUCGGGUGAUGGAGAAACUCGAGGUCGGCAUGUGUGGGGUUAACGAGGGAAUCCUCUCCACCGUCCAGGCUCCGUGGGGCGGGGUCAAGGAAUCCGGGAUGGGACGCGAGGGAAGCAAGUACGGGAUUGACGACUAUACGGAGAUAAAGUAUGUCUGCAUUGGAGGACUCCAGUGAAGAUUUCAUUUGUCGACGAACAAGAGGAUGAAUGAGGAUAUAGGGGUUGGGCUAUAAAAUGCACAUCCACAGGCCUUUGAUAAUUAAGCAAAAUCAUAUUUACGUGAUCAACGCGCGAACGAAAUUUAAUUUGAAAAUCUGGUUGUGAACAGAACACGUUUGAUUAUAUGCAGAUAUCUUAUUGGUUUUUGAAGCAGUACCUUACAACCAGUAACUAGUUUUAAGAAGUUAUGAUUAAUUUGUUGAUGAUCAAGAUGAGCUUUAAGUUUGAUAGAUCAGGUUGUGAACUUAAAGGUAUAUAGUACUCUUAAUUAUAUAUAUAUAUAUAUUGUAUGACAGGGCUUAAAAACGAAAUAUGUCCUGUUAACACAAAAUAUGGUCUGCUGGAAAUAAUACAGCACUAACAUACUUCUGUCACGAUUGAUUGCUCAUGUACGUGUAUAUUGUUUGUACUAAUAAGCAAAUGAUUACGGUAAUAAAUAAUUGAAUUCAAUUGAGUGGUGGGUUUGGGACAGUGUGUGGAAAGUUAAGAUAUCUGAGAGGUAUUUUAGAGCAUUUAAAAAAUUAAAAUUUAACAGAAUCACGAACUCAGACUCAGCUAAAUAGAAGAUGAGAUGAUCGUACAUGCAUCAGUCUCUUGAAAAUGACCUGCAAAUUUUUGGUAAUUUUAGCAGGUUAUUUCUUUCUUCUUUUUCAUCUGCUAGGUAUAAAAAAUAUACUGUUUUUCACUUUUUGCAGGCCGCUAUUUCGAGCCCUGUAUGAGACAUCUUGCUUAAACCUACUUAGUGGUUUCAUACUUAGCUUAAACCUACUUAGUAGUUUUAUACUUAGCUUAAACCUACUUAGUAGUUUCAUACUUACGUAGCUUAAACCUAGUUAGUAGUUUCAUACUUAGCUUAAACCUGCUUAGUAGUUUCAUACUUACGUACCUUAAAUUUACUUAGUAGUUUCAUACUUAAAUGUUGAUUUUCUUACAUCCAUUUUGUUCUUAGUUGUCCAAAUAAAACCAAGACAAUUUUUUUAUGUAUAAGGUUAUAUGUUAUUAGUCUCAUAUUGAUCCAGUCAAAGAUAACCAUAGGUUUCGUCUGCGUUCUGUCAAUCUGUCUGUGUGUCCCACAUAUAGUUUUCUGGAUGUUUUGUUCUUUCAAAACAAUUUGUGUAUAGUCUUAUCUUGUUGCGGAUUAAGUUUGACUUUCGUGUGGAUUUUGUCACUUUUGAUUUUCAUGGGAAUUUAUUCAAGGGCCUUAAUUUGUCAAAAAAUUGAAUUUAUUUGCCUUGGACAAAAGAUAUGAAAAUUUGUUGGACCUAACCGGCCUCGGUGGUGUCGUGGUUAAGCCAUCGAACAUAAGGCUGGUAGGUAGAAGGUUCCCAGCCCGGUAGCGAGUUUUAACGACUCAAUGGGUAGGUG